AUGGCGUUUCAGAAGAAGGACUUCUUCUACACCACGUUUUCAGUGCUGAUGCCAGAUGCUGAUGUUGAGGUGUCCCCUGUGCUGCUGCAACUCUGUGAGCCCAGGGGAAAACUGCCUCGCUGCAUUCGCCUGCAGGUCAGCUUGUCCCCGCGACAGUGCGGGAGCGGACAUGGGUUUCGGCUGGUCAUUGCACCCGUGAGCAAGGACUUUGCACAUUCUAAAUCGAGAAUUGUUGCUUCAUAUGCGCGCCUCUCCAAACCUGUGGAUUUAGACAUUCCCUCACCAUUAAUUACAUCCUCUUGUCUUGUAGCAGCAAUCACGGUUCCUUUUUUUUCCUUUUCUUUCCUUUUCCCAUCUGCAGUUGAGUAUGACAAGGAGUUCACGCCUCACCAGCGGCACCACAAGGAGUUCAAGUUUAAUUUGUCUCAGAUUCCUGAGGGCGAGGCCGUCACAGCCGCUGAGUUUCGGAUCUACAAGGACUGCGUUGUGGGGAGCUUUAAAAACCAAACUUUCCUUAUCAGCAUCUACCAAGUGCUGCAGGAACAUCAGAACAGGGCCUCUGACCUGUUUCUGCUGGACACGCGGGCGGUGUGGGCCUCAGAAGAGGGCUGGCUGGAGUUUGAUGUCACUGCCACCAGUAACAUGUGGGUGAUGAAUCCUCAGCACAACAUGGGACUGCAGCUGAGUGUGGUGACCCGGGACGGUUUCAGCGUAAAUCCUAGAGAAGCAGGCCUUAUAGGCCGAGAUGGCCCUUACGACAAACAGCCUUUCAUGGUGGCCUUCUUCAAAGUGAGUGAAGUUCAUGUUCGGACCACUAGGUCAGCAACGAGCAGGCGCAGGCAACAGAGUCGCAACCGUUCCACCCAGGCUCAGGAUGUUUCCAGGGUGUCUAGUGUCACAGAUUACAACAGCAGUGACUUAAAAACAGCGUGCAGAAAGCAUGAGCUUUACGUUAGCUUCCAAGACUUGGGAUGGCAGGAUUGGAUAAUCGCUCCAAAGGGCUACGCCGCCAACUACUGUGAUGGGGAGUGCUCAUUCCCACUCAAUGCCCAUAUGAACGCAACCAAUCAUGCCAUUGUACAAACUCUGGUUCAUCUUAUGAAUCCUGAUUACGUUCCCAAACCAUGCUGUGCACCUACCAAACUAAAUGCCAUAUCGGUUCUUUAUUUCGAUGAUAAUUCUAACGUAAUCUUGAAGAAAUACAGGAAUAUGGUAGUAAGAGCUUGUGGAUGUCACUGA